AGUUGACUCAAAAUGAUAAUAUAACAAAAGAGUUCCAGAUAGGCUUAGAUAUGAUGGAUCAACUGACAGAUGGCAACGAGAGUGACACAGAAGAUUCCGAGGAAAGCGAAUCAGCUUCUUCAGAAGAGGAAGACGAGGAUAGCUCUUUUGAAGAUC